UCAGAAAGAGUGAGAGAUCCGCGAGUAAGCCUACAAUACACAGAGAGAGAGAGAGAGAGAGAGAGAGAGAGAGAGAGAGAGAGAGAGAGAGAGAGCAGAAAUGGGAAGGAGGCCAUGCUGCAUCAAAGAAGGUCUAAACAGGGGAGCAUGGUCUGCUCGGGAAGAUAACAUCCUUAUCAACUAUAUUAAAGCCCAUGGCGAAGGAAAAUGGAGAGACGUUCCUGAAAGAGCUGGGCUGAAGCGAUGCGGGAAGAGUUGCCGGCUGCGAUGGUUGAAUUAUCUAAGGCCAGAUAUCAAGAGAGGCAACAUUUCCGUGGAAGAAGAAGAGCUCAUUAUCAGAAUGCAUAAGCUCCUGGGUAACAGGUGGUCAUUGAUCGCCGGGAGAAUACCCGGGCGAACUGACAAUGAAAUAAAGAAUUAUUGGAACACGCAUUUAAGCAGGAGAAUAAUGCAAGAUGGUUACAAGAUUCUGCAAGAUUCCUAUAAACAAGAUGGCGAAUUGAUCACAGAUGAUGAUGAGGGAAGUAACUGGUCGGAAUUCACUCAAGGAACAGGACAGGAAAUUCAUGAUCACUCGGCGAUUCGGACAAAAGCAAUGAGGUGCUCAGAUGCUUUUAUCCCAAAGCAACUUGACAUUGCAAUGGAGAAAAAUGCUAGUACUGUCAUCCCUGAUUGGGGUAGUGAUCAAAGCGGAAGUUCUUUAGCCCAGCAAGAGGAGAAUUCCGAUGAGAAUUUUCUCAUGGAUUAUGUUGUGAAUGAUCUUUUGAUAUCUGAUCACAAACACUCAUGUUUAGAUAGCCACCAAGAUAGAGAGUUAAAUGAAUGUGAGAAUAUGGUGGAUGGAGAAAUGGACCACGCCAAGAACAAUAUCAUGUCUAGUUGUGAAGAUUUUCUUAUUUCUGGACAUGAUCAAGCCAUGCGUGAGAAUUGGAGGCCGCAGACUGAACCUAAUUCCCAACCAAAUGAUGCUUUGGAUCUCAAGACAUUGACAUCUCUUCUAAAUUUAGAAGAUGACUGGAUUAUAAGCUGAACAAAACAAACAAGUUUACUCAAUUAGUGCUGCUACGUACACGGACCACUGGGUUCCACGAAUAAGUUGUGAAUGAUCUUGGCAACAUGUGGCUAAAAUUCUGCUUAAUUUCCAAUAAAAGAUCGAAUGUGCAUGGGUUAGUUUUUAGGUUAAUUUUUAGCCCGUUAUAAAUUACUGCAGCAUGCAUGGAUCGAAUUAGUAGUGUCAUGUAAUAUUUCUGUAAUUUUGUAAGUAUAAAUUAAUAAGACUGUACGUCGUGGCUCA